AUGUCGCUGGCAGACAAACGAUCAAAGUAUCAGCGCAGUCAAACGCUAUCUUACAUACGUAUAAACAAAUCACAACAAAAACAAUCUCAAUCUUCAGAUUCAUCAGUAUCAUUAGAAAAAAUAUCAAAAAAUACACUUCUACCACAAAGUCCUGCAAAUCGAACUGAAACAAAAACCGAAACUCCAAUAUCAACCAGAUCUUUGACACCUCGCUCACAAAACGAACAGCAAAGUCUAUUCUCAAACGAAAAUAUUAAAUUACCGCAAAAAUGGAUUAAUAGCAGUCUCAAUCAAAGCGUAAAAGUCAGACCAAAAUCGCUGACACGGAAAAUCAGUUAUAAUGAAUUUCAUCAUUCAUCCUCUAUACUAUCUUGCAGUAAGUCAUCGAAUGGGUCAAUAAAUAUUUUUAACAGAGUAAAAGAUAAAAUAGUUGAAACAGUUUACCACACCCAAGAUAUGCCGCACUGGGCGGCAAUUGUUCAAGAAAAACGACAAAAGGCCGCAAAUGAAUACGAAGCCAAAAUAGUGGACACUUUGAGCAGAGAAAGAUCUAACGAAAUUUCUCAAAAAAACUGCAAACUUCUAAUAUCAUCUACCGAAACGAACGAACCCAUUUCGCAAAAAGAUAGCAGUAUAAUAACCAAGCGUGAAAAAGCUCGACAAGGUUUCAGGAGACGGUCUAUCAGUCAAGAUUCCUACCCUCAAAAUCUGUUGCUUCCAAAAGCAGGCACCCUGACGGCGAAACAGUCAAAUGAAGGCAUAACAUGCUCGUUUGGAGAUUUUCAAGCAAUUCUUCAAGAAUUUAAUAAUUACAUGAGAGAAUCUAAAGGCGCUUCAAAAUCUUCUUCAACAGCAUCCAAUUUUUCCAAACACGAAGAUCAAACGCAUUGUGUUAAAACACCUUCCGACAACACACCUAACGUUAUAAACGAGUCUACAAUUACUCAAAAAGUUAAAUCCAGUGCAGAAAAAAACUCUAAAGAAUCAACCUUUCUUCAUGAGUUUAGCUUGGCCAGAAUUGCAGAAACAGACUGUACUGCAAGGAAUUCUUUUGAUGCUGUGGAAGUUGAAUAUGAUGAAAAUGGUCAAACAUGGGGAGUUUACGGAGCAGAAAUAGACCCAGAAAUAUUAGGGAAUGCAAUUCAGCUGCAUUUGCAACGACUAAUAGACCAAAAAUUAAACAUUAACGAGUCCGAAAAAAAGCCCAUCAGGCCAAAUCGUAAAUAUGAAAUGAAACAGAUGAGUUCAGAAGCAUCAUGCUUCGUGUCAAAGUUUUUCUGUUUUAUUAAAAAAAAAAGUUGUGACGUAAAUAUUACGGAUGAAUAA